AUGCGCAUGGGGAAAGCUCACAGCAAAUUGAGUGCCGAACAAAUUAAAACACUGGCAACCCAGACUUAUUUUACCGAAAAAGAAAUAAAACAAUGGCACAAAGGAUUCAAAAGAGAUUGUCCAAAUGGAUUACUUACCGAAGUAGGGUUUCAGAAAAUUUAUAAACAAUUUUUUCCACAAGGAGAUCCGUCAGAUUUUGCCUCAUUUAUAUUUAAAGUUUUUGAUGAAAAUAAGGAUGGAGCAAUUGAAUUUCAUGAAUUUGUUCGUGCUCUUUCAAUUACCAGUCGUGGAACAUUAGAAGAAAAAUUGGGUUGGGCAUUUAAGCUUUACGAUAUUGACAGGGAUGGAUUCAUUAAAAGGAAUGAAAUGGGUAAGGUUAUUAAAUUUCAAAAAGGGCGAAAAUUAAUUGUCGGCAGUAUUUACAAAAUGUUGGGAAACAGCCUUAAAUUACCGGAAGAGGAAAGUACACCAGAAAAGCGGGUGGAUAAAAUAUUCUCGACAAUGGAUAAAAAUCGUGAUGCCCAAUUAACACUUGAGGAGUUUAUUGAAGGAGCUAAAUCUGACCAAAAUAUUGUGCAGGCACUAAGCUAUUAUGAAGGACUAGAUAAAUAA